AUGGAGGUGUCGACGGUUGAUUUACUACUACGAGAUGGCACUCUGGUCUUCAGUGCUGUGUUACUGCUCAAUAUCACGGACGUGGUUCUAGAGUUCAAGAACAUUUUCAGUUACACUAGCCUGAUUGUCGAUGUGCUGAUCACUAUCCUAACCUCCCGCCUAUUCCUCAACCUUCGACAAGUCAAUUCGUCCCGAGACAGCACAUACGAUAGCCCAGCGACAUCUACCAUUCAGUUCUCUUCUCGGAUCGUCGGACCACUAGGCGCACCUAUUGAGCACGGGAUUUCAACAUGCGAAACGGAUGAAGACGACAUUCCGCUGGCCGUCAUUCCUAUUGCCCCUAAGCAGUCGGGGACUGAUCUACAAACUGGCCGAUGA